AUAAGAGUCCCGUGCAAGAAUUAAGAUUCCACAAACAUAGUUUUAUGAUUUCAUCACUCUAUUGACCUUUCUUCUCUUUAGAAGUUAUGGUAUUUGUCACUCUUAUUAUUCAUUUCCAUAAGCUUUGGAUUCAUGGAUUUUAAUUGUAACAAAAAUAAACCUUACUCUUCUUCUUCUUCUUCUUCUUCUUCUUCUUCUUAUUUUUUUUUUUCUUCUUUUCAUUUUCGCUUUUUCCUCUUUGGUUUUUAUUGCUGGGAUUGGGAAUUCUUAACUGCUCUUCUCCUUUUCAGUUUUUUUUCUUAAUUAAGCUUUUUCAAUUCUACACCGUAAUAAACAUACUUUUUUACUUUAUUUUUUUUUUCCUUUUAUUGAUACAUCAAGUUUAUACAAGGAAAAAUACAUAUAUAGAUUUUUUGUUUAUAUUUUAAAGAAUCAAAAAAACAUAGUAGAUUUAAUUUGUGAGGUAGGUGAAGGGUAGAUCGGGAAGAAAAAAUGUCACGAUCGGCGCCGGCACCGUUUUUAACCAAGACUUAUCAGAUGGUGGAUGAUCCUUUUACUGAUGAUGUGAUUUCUUGGAGUGAAAUUGGUAACACUUUUGUUGUGUGGAAACAUGCUGAUUUUGCUAGAGAUUUGCUUCCAAAGUACUUUAAGCACAACAAUUUCUCAAGCUUUGUUCGUCAACUCAACACCUAUGGGUUCCGAAAAAUUGUCCCCGACAAAUGGGAAUUCGCCAACGAGAAUUUCAAGCGAGGCCAGACGGAGCUGCUGCCAGCAAUCAAGCGGCGGAAGACGGUGUCCCAUUUGACCGCAGCAGGGAAAUCCGGCGCCAUCGGUGGAAACUCGGCGUCAAACUCCGGCGGCGAGGACAUGGGUUCAACCUCAACAGGAUCAAUAGAACCAACGACCCAGUGCACUGAUUUAUCGCGCGAGAAUGAGAAAUUGAAAAAAGACAACGAGAAACUGGGUUGUGAGUUGGCACGUGCAAAGAAGCAGUGUGAUGAGUUGGUAGGUUUUCUUCGUGACACUUUUAAUGUGGGUCCGGAUCAGAUUAACCGCAUCAUUCGGGAAGGAACAAGUGGGUCCAGCCAUGAUACGGUGCGUUUUGAUGAUGACGAUAUUGCGGUAGGUGAAUGUGAAUGUGAAGAAGGAGAAAAAUUAAAACUGUUUGGUGUUUGGUUGAAGAGUGAAGAAGGGAAGGAGAAUGCGAAGAUUACAAAUGGUAAGAGUAAUUGUCGCAAGAGAGGACGUGAAGACACAAUUGGUGGUGCCAACAAUGAGUUGAACACUGUUGUCUAGGACACAUGAUAUGGUUGUUAUUACAAAGUAUACAGUACUUUUAAGAUAUUUUAGUUUGAACUUUGAACAAUUGCUCAUCACUAAAAGGUGUAUGGCUUUUAUACAAAAUGGUAAUUGUUAAUUGGAUAUUUUGCAGUAUUUAAUGUGUCGUGUUUGCUUA